AUGUAUCCUACCGCGAGGACCAACGGACGCCUUGAUAUUGACAGUGCAGAUAUGCUCAGCGGAGGCGACGUACUGGAUCUCUCACGAGCUCGUAUCUUAUUCAAAUUGCGACGAAAGUUGACGGCAUUCCGCCUACUGCAUCUCCUUUUCCCUACCUUGAAGCCAUGCGUAACCACCAACGGCAGGAACACACGCCGUCAUCUCAAACCCCUUGCAUACCCUCAAGGAGCCGCUUCAUCCGUCUAUAAAAUGCUCUCGAGCCUGCGGCCGUCAGGAGAGCACCCCCGGUCCAUCUCCUCUCUCUGCGGCUUUAUGCAUUUCUCGCUCGCCACAAUCCUUGCUGUUGUCCCUCUCUUGGCUUCGGCCUCUCCACUCGCGCAAUCCCCGCGUGCCACGAUCCCUCUGUCCAAGCGAAGCAAUCUUUACAAAGAAGAUGGCGCGCUCAACCUUGAUGUUCUACGUGGCCAACUCGUUCGUGCAAAGGCCAAACUCUCGCACGGAUUUGCUAGCUACCAACGCAACACUGGCCAACGUCAUCCACUCGCCGGGAACCUAGAAGUCGUCGACAAUACUAGCAAGCGUGCUGUUGGCAAGGACGCGCUCACGGAUGAUUCCGAGGAACUCUGGCAUGGUACCAUCAGCGUCGGUACUCCUGCCGUCUCCUACAAGGUCGACUUUGAUACAGGCUCCUCCGAUCUGUUUCUACCAGCAUCGACCUGCGGCUCGACGUGCUCUGGACACACCAAGUACAACCCAUCGUCCUCGUCCACCUCCAAGGCGCUGGGCAAAUCGUUCUCCCUCAGCUAUGGAGACGGCUCUACGGUAUCUGGUAAACAGUACAAGGACACUGUCAAGAUUGCCGGGCUCACUGCAACUUCCCAAACUCUUGGCGCCGCCACAAAGUACAGCAGCGGAUUCUCCAGUGCAAAUUUCCCCGCAGAUGGACUGAUGGGAAUGGGCUUCCAGUCGAUCAGCGACUACAAUGCUCCACCCGUCUUCCAGACGCUUGUGAGUGAAGGUCAAACGACAAGUUCCGUCUUUGCCUUCAAGUUGGCAGAGUCAGGUAGCGAGUUGACGAUUGGCGGUCUCAAUUCGGCACUUUACUCGGGAACGCCCAUAUACACCGACGUUACACAGGAGGGCUACUGGCAGAUUGACUUUGAUGCACUCAAGGUGGGCUCAAAGUCGGUCGCUGGCUCUACUGCCGCCAUUGUCGACUCGGGAACAACCCUCGUCAUUGUCUCGACUUCUGCAGCAGCCGCGUUUUACCAGCAGAUUCCAGGAUCCGCAGACGCAUCCAAUACCGUUGGUGCUGGAUUCUAUACCUUUCCCUGCUCCACGACCAUUCCCAAAGUGGCAUUUACCAUCAACGGCAAGGAUUUGGCCAUGUCUUCCAGCUCUGUCAACUUUGGUCCUGUUUCUCAAGGCUCUUCUGACUGUGUCGGUAGCAUCGUCGGUGACUCGAGCUUUGACCUUGCCAUCUUGGGUGACGCGUUCAUGCGCAAUUAUUACACGAUCUUUGAUUACGGCAACUCCCGCGUUGGCUUUGCCACCCUUGCGUAA